AUGAUGUGCUGCAGAAAACAACUGGUGCACUCUCACUGGCACUGAGUUGCGGCUGCACUGGCUGUAUGUGAUGUGGCUGCUGUCAAUGAAGGCAAUUGUAUGCAGAGUGCUGCUGGGCUGUCUGCUGCAGCUACUUCAGGGCUUGUUGCAGUAUGUUGAUGUCUGAAGAUGCAAGCAGAUGUUGAGAGGACAAAGUGGCCACAGCAAGCAAGGCGCAAGGACCAAGGCACAAGAUGCACAGAAACCAAGAAGCAGAGGUCUGCCUGGUUGUCUUCCGGGAGCGCCAGACCCCGACCAGAGCUUUCAUACCUCAGGUUCCGGUCCAGGGAACCAAGUGUGGCAGCGGGGUCUCCCUCCACCAGGGAAUCUCCUUCCUGGUCUAGAAUAUUUAAGCCAGUUAGACCUGAUAAUUAUACACCAGCAGGUGGAGCUUCUUGGAAUGAUACUUGGCACUGAGACUUCCAACAAAUAUGAGAUUAAAAACAGCUUGGGACAAAGAAUUUACUUCGCAGUGGAGGAAAGCAUCUGCUUCAAUCGUACUUUCUGUUCCACACUUCGAUCUUGCACUCUGAAGAUCACUGAUAACUCUGGUCAAGAAGUGAUGACAGUCAACAGGCCCUUGAGAUGUAACAGCUGCUGGUGUCCUUGCUACUUACAAGAGUUAGAAAUCCAAGCCCCUCCUGGUACUAUAGUUGGUUAUGUUGCACAGAAGUGGGACCCCUUUCUGCCUAAAUUCACAAUCCAAAAUGCAAACAAAGAAGAUAUUUUGAAAAUUGUUGGUCCUUGUGCAACAUGUGGCUGUUUUGGCGAUGUGGAUUUUGAGGUAAAGACUAUUGAUGAAAAGCUUACAAUUGGAAAGAUUUCAAAGUACUGGUCAGGAUUUGUAAAUGAUGUCUUCACCAAUGCUGACAACUUUGGAAUUCAUGUUCCUGCAGAUCUAGAUGUGACAGUCAAAGCAGUGAUGAUUGGUGCUUGUUUUCUCUUUGAUUUUAUGUUCUUUGAACAUUCACUGGCUGGAUUAUAACAAGCAAGAUGACAAAAACAAUAAAAUAUGCAUGACAUAUUUCAAAAUCCCUUGGGCUCUGGAUCUCAUUUCUGAAUGGUUUGAGUAUUUGCUUUUUUUGUAACAAAAUGUUAAUUAUUAUAUUUAUUAAAGCAUAAUGUCAAGGAAGCAAUUAUCUGGUUGUGAAUUGCAUGAUAGCUAAAGACAAGAUGACUGGCCCUAGCACAGUGUUGCUUUGAGAGAUUACUAUUCUUUCUUUUUAUCCCUUUGAAGUUAUUGCAUGGUAAGCAUGAAAGAUGAGAGCUAAGGCUUGCAGCAUCACUGAUGAAAAUUCAAUGUUUAGAGAGCACUUUGAAGUUUUUCUGGUACUGGAGCUGGUUACUAAUCAAAAAGACUGGAUUUCUAAAGUAUUUUUUCAUAAGCAGUCUUUUAAAAUUUGUUUAUUAAUCUUCUUAUUGUAGUGAGACAUUUUUACGUUAUAUUAGGAAAGCUAAAGUUUGGGUAAAUAAUAUGUUUAAAGGUGAGACAGAAGAUAGAUAAAAUCAAUGUGCCCUAGUUGCAAAAGGCAUGUUUACUUUCCAUGAUGAAGAAAAAUAUUUACAAAUCAAAGCAUGCUUUAAAUACUUACCCAUGCUAAGAAUUUAAAUAAGCACACUCAUAGACUUCUAAGUUAGUAAAAGCAGGGGUUUAGAGCAGGAACUUCACCUACUUUCAAUAAAAGUUCAGUCAAGGGAACUAAGGUUCUGAAAAAUGGACAACUCCAAGACUUAAAAAGGCAAAGAAAAGCAAACAAACAAAUAAAGCCUUAAUACAUGAGGCAAAUGCAGAAGUCAGGAAGCACAGCCAAUUCAAUUAAUAAGUGCAUUCUCUAUUUAUGUUUUCUGAGCCCUCCAGAUUACUACAUCAACCUAUCCACAUAUUUCUAAAGCCUAUGCAAAAGAAAAAUUCCUUUUAUGAAUCCAAUUGUCCUUUCCUUUUUAAAAUGAGGAAACAAAUUUAAGGAAAGCACCGUGUUGGCUCUACUUUAGAAUUACAUGAAUACUACCCAAAUUUCCAUCCAUAUAUAAAGGUGUUUAGAGAAACUCCAGAUAAUACCCCAUUUAGUAAAGGAAUUGUAUUCCAAACAUCUGUUAUUAAGUUACUUGUUUGGAGUUAGGAAUCUAUCAUCUAGAGAUAGCACUGUAUGUGGUAGUUAAGUUCCCUAAAUAGUCCACACAUAUUCAUUUAGUUCUGAGUUCUGGGUUAAAGGCUUUAGGUUGUGUAAGACAGAAAAGAGUCUCUUCUCCUGCAUGGCUGAAUUUUCUUUAGCAUUCUUCAUCCUUACUUUCUAACUAUUCUCAGAGCCCCCUCCCUGGACAGGUGGGAACUAGAUAUUGCCUCAGUCAAAUAUCCAUGACCUAUUGGUGAUGCAGAAGAGUUUAAACACUGACCGCCAAAAACAAUCACCCUUCAAACCACACUCCACCUUUCCCCUGGUCAUGCCAUCCACUCCUGCAGUAUAACUGGUGUCACCUGAGUGUUGGGAGCAGUGAGGUCAAGGAUGAGAAUAGAAGUCCCACGUGCUGUGAGAGAUGUCACCUAUGUCUAGCUCUGCUGUGUUAGGCAUGCAUCUGUGAACCUAAUGUGUAGCUUUUCUAAAUCUCCUCAGGUUUUCCUUUUGUUACCUUGCAGAGCUGUGGUGAUGGUUUAGGGGAACAUAGUGUUUCCUCCCCAUUAACCUUUUAUCUACUUUAACUACUGUGUGUAUGAAUUAGUGGUCAUUUACAACCCCUAAAGGAAAUUUUAUUUUCACUUUGCAAUUGCUUUUUUAUUGAGAUUUAAUUCAAAUGUCAUAAAAUUCAUAUUCUUAAAGUGUACAAUUCAGUAUAUUGUACAAUAUAUUCACAUAGUUUUAAUAUGUUCACAAAGUUAUAUGACAUCAAGAAUGGUAGUUUUUAAGCUGAUGCUUAUUAACUAAUAAAAUGAAGACAAUAGCUAAUAUUUUCUGAGGGCUUAUUACAUGCCAGACACCAUAAUUGCUAUGAAUUCCUGGUCAGGUAACAAAAUAAAAUGAAAAUAAAGGAAAAUCAGGCAGUCUGUGGAAGACUGCCUUGGAACCUCUCUUUUCCCCUCCCCACCCUGCAUCCCAUGUCCCAAAUGCUCUCCCUAAAGAUGAUCUUGCUUUCAUAGCUUUUUCUUGUGUAUUACUUUGACUUCUAAAAUGAAAUAUUUUUGUAACUGAUGUCACAACAGCUAAGACUUUCACAGAGGGGCAUGAAAAGCAGAAAGAAAACACCAUUUAUAAAUAGUACCUUUCGAUAUGACAAACUUCUGGAUUAUUUAAAAAUAUUUAAAUGAACCCUAAAACUAGCAAAAAGACCUACUUGACAUUUAAGCAAUGGAGACUCCCCAAGGAUAAAAAUGCUUCUUAGAAUAUGGCACUCAUUUUAAAGUUGGAUAAAUCGGCUAAAAACCUGCUACUGGAUUUGCUCCUGAAUUGCCACACAACAAAUUAAGACCCAUUCUUUCUCUCCUUCUUUAUUAAGGUGAAAUUGAUCUUUAAAUGUCUUGUAAGCACCAUGUUUCCCUUUUCCACCAAACAUGAACCCAUGAAAGACUGGAAAAACUCUUGCUGUUGAAUGAAAAUUUUAAUUAAAAAUUUGCAUCUAUUAUGAGACUUGGUCCUCUGUGCAUCACUGCCUCUCCCUGGUCCACUAUACUCUCCGAACACAGGUUCCGACUUUGUUUACUAUCAGAUAUACUGAGGAAGUCGUGAGCAGAUUCAAAUGCCUCCCACUCAUUCAUUCAUUCAUCACUCAUUAAUACUUAUUCAAUCCCUCCUUAUUUAAUUAUGCCAAAAAUAGAAUCCCCCUUCUUAUGAAUCUUACAGUUUAGUUAAAGAGAUAGUUAUUAAUCCAAUAAUGACACAAACAAAACUUGAAAAGUGUUUACAGUUGAUAGACGAGGUGCCAGGUAAGUAAGAUAAGGGGUACGUGCUUGGUCAGGGAGUGAGGAUAUGAUGGUGGAUUUAAUAUGUGAAGAAUAAGAGCAAAAAGAAGAAUGCUGUAGGCUGAGGUACUAACAUUUGCAAAAGUUCUCUGAUGGCGGAAGGGGAGGACGAUCUCAAAUGACUUAAAGAAAGCCAGUGGCUAAAGUUCAGCCAAUGAAGAGGAAUGUGGUACAAGAGGAGAAUGAAUGGGGUUUGUGGGCCAAGUUAACGAUUUAGACUCUUUCUGUUAACAAAGCAUCUGAUAAAAGUUAAUAAGUAGAGACUUGACUGAUAAAAGAUUAAAUUGGCGAGAGUGCAGGAGAGGAUGCUCAUGGACAAAUUAGUGUUACUACUGUUUCGAUGACAGGUAGUGAUAGCUUGUGACACUCGUGUAAAAGGAGAGAAGUGAGCAGAUUCAAGAUAUACUUAAGAUAUAAAAUCACCCUUACUUGAUGCUGGGUUGAAAAUGGAGAUAUAAGGGAGAAAGAGGAUUUCUGGCCUAUGGCAUUUAGUGACAGGGAGAACGUUAGAAGAGGAUCUGGUUUGUUGAUAUAGAAAGAACCUGGGUUCAAUUUUAAGCGCAUUAAACUUGUAUUGCUACAAGGAGAUGUCAAAUAGGCAGGUAGGCAUGUUUUCAUUGAGUAUAUUUCUGAAGAGAUAUGAGUUUAUGAAAACUAUACAGACCCAUGGACAUCUGAAUAAUCUCUGGUUUAUUUCAAAGAUAUCCCUACGAAACUUUUUAAAACCAGCAUGGGAAACAAAUUCAUUCUUUCAUUGAAAUAAUAUUUUAUGAAAUUACUUCUAUGUACUAGGCACUGUAUUAGAAAGUGGGGAUAGAUAUUAGGCUAUCUAAAAAUACAUUUCACAAAUAUUUGUGAAGUUCAUAUUAGAUGCUAGGUACCUACAUCAGCAAUAAGUUGCAGCAAUGAACAAAGCAACUAAGUACUUUCUCUCUUAGAACUUAUAUCCUGAUACAGAUAGAUAAUAAACCAACAGGUAACAAAAAUAUCACAUCAUCAUAGGUGAUGAUAAAUACUGAUAAAAAGUCUAUCACUCAAUCUAAAACAAUCAACUAAAGAUAUUGUUUGCUCAGGCAAGGGGAGGCUGAGCUCAGAAGACAGUUUAUAAGCAAAGAAGAGAACUUAUAAAAGGUUUUGUAUAAGUAUACAGUUUAGAAACUGGAGUGUUGGCUUUAGCUAGGGAAAAAUAUUUACCAGAGUAAGACUGUUGCUGGCUGACUGAUUCUCAGAAAUCUGUUUGUUGGACAAAAGCUGUUGCUGAUUAUCUGAUUUUCAGGAGUUGAUUGCAGGAGAUGUUGCUGGUUUUCUUUCAGAAGUGUGUGAACUUUCAUAAUCAAUCACUGACUAAUCAAACGAGUUUAAUACAGGCACACCUCACUUUAUUGCACUUCUCGUUAUUACAUAUUUUACAAAUUGAAGGUUUGGCAACCUUGUAUUAAGCAAGUGUAUUAGUGUCAUUUUUUCCAAUAGCAUUUGCUCCAUUUAUAUCUCUGUGUUAUAUUUUGGUAAUUCUCAUGAUAUUGCAAGCUUUUUCAUUAUUAUUACAAUCAUUGUGGUAGUUUGUAACUAGUGGUCUUUUAUGUUACCACUAUAAUUGUUUUGGUAAAACAAUUAUAAAACAAUGAAUUUAAUCGAUAAAUAUUGUUUGUGUUCUGACUGAUCCACUGACUGGCUGUUCUGCCAUCUCUUUCCCUCUCCUCGGGCCUUCCUUUUCCUUAAGAUACAACAAUAUUGAAAUUAGGCCAAUUAAUAACCCUAUAAUAGCCUCUAAGUGUUCAGGUGAAAGGAAGAGUUGCAAGUCUCUCACCUCUCUCACCUUAAAUUCACCUUAGCGGCGAAGGCAGGUGGAAAGCACCAGUUACUGAAGUGAAGGAAAAGGAAAAGUUCUUCAGGAAAAUUAAAAGUGCUACCCCAGCGAACAUAUGAAUGAUAAGAAAGCAAAAAACAAACAAAACAAAACAGCCUUAUUGCUGAUAUGGAGAAAGUUUUAGUGAUCUGGAUAGAAGAUCAAACCACCCACAUCAUUCCCUUAGGCCAAAGCCUAAUCCAGAUAAAAUUUAUUUAACUCUCAUAAAUUCUAAGAAGGCUGAGAGAAUGAGGAAGUAGAAGAAGAAAAAUCUGAAACUAGGAGAAGUUGGUUCAUGGAGUUUAAAGGAAGAAACAGUCUCCAUAACAUGGAAGUGUAAGGAGAAACAGCAAGUGCUGAUGUAGAAGCCACAGAAAGUUAUACAGAAUGUCUAGCUAAGUUCAUCAAUGAAGGUGGCUACACUAAACAACAGGUUUUCAAUGUUGAUGAAUCAGCCUGCUAUUGGAGAAGAUGUCACCUAGGAUUUUCACAGCUAGAGCAAAGUCAAUGCAUGCUUAUGAAGCUUCAAAGUACAUGCUGACUCUUCCAUUAGGGGCUAAGGCAACUGUGACUUCAAGUUGAAGUCAAUACUCAUUUACUAUUCUGCAAAUUCUACUGCUCUUAAGACUUAUGCUAAAUCAACUCUGCCUGUGUUCUACAAAUGGAACAACAAAGCCUGAGUGACAGCACAUGUUUACUGAAUACUCUAAACCCACUGUUACCAUUGUUCAGAAAAAAAAUUCAAUAUGUUCCUCCUCAUUGACAAUGCACCUGGUACUUCAAGAGUUCUGAAGAUGAACAAUGUUGUUAAUGGUGUUCUCACGUCUGCUAACACAACAUCCAUUCUGCAACAUCAAGGAGUAAUUUCAACAUUCAAUCCUUAUUCUUUAAGAGAUACAUUUUGUAAGGCCACAGAUAAUGAUUCCUCAGAUGUAUCUUGGCAAAGUAAAUGAAAAUCUUCUAGAAAGGAUUCACCAUUCUAGAUGCCAUUAGGAACAUCAUGAUUCAUGGGAAGAGGUCAAAAUAUUAACAGGAAUUUAGAAGAAAUUGAUUCCAACCCUCAAGGGGUUCAAGACUUCAGUGGAAUAUGUAAGUGCAGAUGUGGUGGAAAUAGCAAGAGAAUGAGAAAUAGAAGUGGAACCUAAAGAUGUGACUGACUGCUCUAAUCUCAUAAUCAAACUUUAAAGGAUAAGAAAUGUAAAGAUACUUUUAAUGGAUGAGCAAAGAAAGUGGUUUCUUGUGAUGGAAAUCUACUCCUGGUGAAGAUGCUAUGAUGACUGUUGAAAUGAUGACAAGAAAUUUAGAAUAUUACAUCAGUUUGGUUGAUAAAGCAGCAGCAGCAAAGUUUGAGAUGAUUGAAAUUUCGAGAGUAGUUCUAUUGUCGGUAAAAUGCUAUCAGACAGACAAAGAGAAAUCGUUUGUAAAAGGAAGAGCCAGUUGAUGUGGCAAACUUCUUGUUGUCUCAUUCUAAGAAAUUGCCACAGACACCCCAUCCUUCAGCAACCACCACUCUGAUCAAUCAGCAGCCAUCAACACUGAGGUAGGACUUUCCACCAGCAAAGAUUAUAACUCACUGAGGGCUCAGAUGAUGAUUAGCAUUUUUUAGUAAUAAUGCAUUUUUAAUCAAGAUAUACACAUUACUGUAUUGGCUAUAAUGUUACUGCACAAUUAAUAGACUAGAGUAUAGUGUAAACACAAGUUUUACAUGUACUGAGAAAUCAAAACAUUUGUGUGUCUCAUCUUACUGCACUUAACUGCAAUAUUUGCUUUAUUGCAGUGGCCUGGAACUGAAUCCACAAUAUCUCCCAAGUACUUUUGCCUUGGUUUUGAUUACUACUCAUUGCUAUAAUGAACAAUCAGUUAUUUCCUAGGAGGGUGAAAAUUUUAUAUUCCCAAAACCAUGAAGAAAAUAAUUCAAAAAUAGAGAAAUGAAGCUGCUGUUAUAUUUGAGCAGCAAUAGGAAAUAAAGCAAAAAUUUGUAAGAUUAUUUGGAAAAAGAGAGUUCCGAGCAGAUGGAAAAGCAAGUGCAAGGGUUCUGAAUCAAGAGGCUGCUGGACAAGUUUAAGAAGCCCAGCAAGCCAGUAUAGCUGGAGUAUAGUAAGCCCAACAGAGAGAGGUUUGAGUUACAGUAGAAAAUGUGGCCAGCGGCCAGAUUAUAUAGAGCCUUGCUAGGCAAAGAAUGAAGAGUAAUUGACAAUCUCUGGCUUCUGAUUUGAUGUAGGAUGUAAGAAAUACUAAGAACUCAAGGAUAAAGCCCCAGUUUCUGUUGUGGCCACACCACUCACCCAAAUAGGUGUAAUUCAAUGUUAUAGGUGCUCUGAUUAAAAAAAAAAAUCAAAGACAUUAAGGGUGGGAGUUCAGAACCCUUAGAGAGUAGAUAAAAACAUUUGAGGUGAGUGUGUGCCCUCCAGGCCAGGUGGGGUAAAGCCAGGAAGUAUGGCUGGGAGAACAUUUCAAGCCAAGAGCACAGCACAAAUGUGGUAAGUGAGAAACACCAUUCUCAGCAACAAGAAUGAAAAGGACACAGGAGUUCAGGAUGCACCUAAUAAGUUCAUAGUUUUCUUAGACAAUGAGGCCAUGCUCUCCCAUUCAGCUGUAGUGGGAAAUUGUAGUGCUAGAUCAUGAUUCAAAGAACAGCUCCUACUCCUGAAUGCAUGCUCUAUGUCUACACUUGACCAAAGCAUUCUCUAAGGGCUUUGAAAAGUUAUUUAGAAGCUAGAUUGAACUCAGAAGCUGAGUGUGAGUGAAACAAAAGGUAUGGGAAAAACAAAACAAAAAAAACCCUGAAAAACUUGAAUAUUCCUCCCAAUCCAGAACUUCCUUGAGGAAAGAAACUAAAAUUCAUCAGAUAAAUCACUUGUAUUUCCCUACAAAAGAGAGGUUUUGAUAGAUGAUAUAAAGAAUCAGAUAUAGUCUUGAGAAAAUAUACAGCCGUUCAUUAAAAUUCUGAUUUGUUGGAACAUUAAUUAGAAGUUUAUAGAUAGAGAGGAUUAAGAUGGCAGAAUAGAAGGACUGGAGCUCAACUUCUCUCCUAAAAACAACAAAAUUCACAAUUAAAAGCUGAGCAAUCCC